AUGGGCCUCAGGACCUUCCAGGUCGUCAGCCACCAACUGAUCCGUCAGGCAGAGUCACUCAGCCACGAGGAGCGUCUGAACACACUACAAGACCCGAGAUUGGAGAAACUCGACCGACGCCACCUUUGCCUUCUGGGCCUGAUAAUAGGUCAGUCACCCCAGGAUCGCCGCCGCUCCAAGCAAUUGAAUCAGCCAACGUGUCUCAACCAACUUCUGGUCCUAGUUAUACCCCGCGACCCACAAUCCAACCCUCUACCAUCUUACACAUGGGCCUUGCCUCAAGACAUUCCGUCCACUCCCGGAUUCACCAGUCGGAAGUCACAGGCGCAUGGAGGGCUUGAUCUAACUCCACGUCCCGAGAUCUCAGACCCGCACAAGCCUGAGACUCCAGGAUCACCCAGAGGAUCCGGCAUGACCCGAAGACCGGAUGGGCCAAAUGUACAGCAACCAGGAACUGCAACAUCACCACCUGGGCUAGAAACUACAACAACCGAGCAAAGUAGGGGCUCAGGAGUUACUACUUCACAAACAAGAGGUCCUAUGAUUAAAGUUGACGGGGAUAUGAAUCCUGAACAACCUGGGCCCAACGGAGUGACACCGCCGAACCGAGGAGUUUUGUCUACGAGGACAACUACACGAACUAUAGAAGAGCGCUUGACCACACUAAUUAAGGAGCAGGAGCGCCAAAACCUCACCACAACCCUUGGAGUCGCGACCACGUCACCAACAUUUGCCACCAGUGAUGGCGUAACUCACGACAAAAGGUCAAGCACCGUUGGAAAUGAAUUGACUAACACCACACCUCCUUCACCUCCUUCAUUUACUGUUCCAAGUGCUUCACAGCCACAUCCGUCCUUCACUUUGCACACCACAGUUUCCGUUCCUGUCAGCACUGCACCAUCACGUCCUGUCACCAAUGCACCCACCAGCACUACCGCACCGUCUAAACCAAAUUCUAUACAGCCUGAUAUUUUUAUUGACUCAGAACUCCAAUCGACUACCGAGGAUGAUCUUAAAGUGGUUGUGGAUUCAUUCAAAACCACUUUGGUACCACCCAGUGAGGGACAAGUCUCAAACAAGCGAUGUUCAUCCAGCGACCGAUCGAUGUGUCACGAACUGGCCAUAUGUGAGGUUGCCACCGGAUCAUGCCGAUGCAAAGACGGUUUUAUUGGAGAUGGAUAUGGAAAUUGCACGUAA